GGUUGCCGGAGUGGGCGGGCCGCGCUGAGUGCCGCCGGGGCAGCCACAUCUACUGGGCUGCGCUUUUCAAACGGCGGUGGUGGCGGCUGCGGAGGGGCGCGUGCCGGCCUGCAGCGCGCGGGCGGCCGUUACGGGGCGGCGGCGCGUGCGGGCUCGCCAGGCCCUCGUCGGAGCGCGGUGACUGGUAGAAGAGAGAGACCUGCUCCUAACAAUGUCCAGGAGAAAGUUGGAGAAUAAAAGCCUUUCAGGCUUGUUAGCCACAUCUCUGCAGACGCAAAUCAAUACAGACAGUUUUCACAAUUUCUACAUACUUGAAUCUAAAGAGCUAGGAAGAGGAAGAUGUGCUGUGGUUAGGAAAUGUAUAGCUAAAUCGACAGGCCAAGAAUAUGCAGCUAAAUUUUUAAAGAAAAGAAGACGAGGUCAAGACUGCAAAGCAGAGAUUCUUCAUGAAAUUGCUGUACUUGAAUUAAUGAAAUCUAAUCCUCGCAUAGUCAAUCUCCAUGAAGUCUAUGAAACAGCAAAUGAAAUCAUCUUAGUGUUAGAAUAUGCUGCUGGAGGAGAAAUCUUUAACUUGUGCAUCCCAGACCUGGAUGACAGAAUUGGUGAAAGUGAUAUUAUAAAACUCGUAAGACAAAUACUUGAAGGACUUUGCUGCUUGCAUGAAAACAAUAUUGUGCAUCUUGAUUUAAAGCCUCAAAACAUCUUGCUGAGCAGCGUCAAUCCUCUUGGUGAUGUAAAGAUUGUAGAUUUUGGUAUGUCUCGGAAGAUUGAAAAUUCUAGUGAACUGCGGCAAAUUAUGGGAACAACAGAGUAUCUAGCUCCAGAAAUCUUAAACUACGAUCCUAUUACCACAGCUACAGAUAUGUGGAACAUAGGUGUAAUUUCAUACAUGCUGUUGACACAAGAAUCUCCAUUUGUGGGAGCUGAUAAUCAAGAAACUUUCCUUAAUAUAUCUCAAGUUAACGUCGAUUAUUCAGAAGAAAUAUUUUCAUCGAUUUCACAGCCUGCCAGAGACUUCGUUCAAAAGCUUCUCAUCAAAAAUCCAGAGGAAAGACCCACAGCAGAGGCCUGUCUCUCUCAUUUGUGGUUGCAGCAAGGGGAAUUCAUACUCUUGUGUAGCCCUGAAGAAACUUGCUGCCCUUCCCUGAUGCCAGGACACACAACAAAAUGCUCAGAAGAGAGGAAUAUAAAAUCCAGUUGUAAUGGUACCUGCAGCAACAAGGAAGACAAAGAAAACAUUCCAGAGGACAGCAGUACAGUCUCCAAACGUUUCCGGUUUGAUGAUUCAUUGCAGUAUCCACAAGACUUCAUGACAGACUUAGUAUGUUAAUGUGCUUUUAUAGACUUCUUUUGAAAUGAAUUUAGCAUAAUCUAUUCCAGUGGUGAAUAUAAGAUUAUGGCUUGCCAAUUCAUGCAGCAUUGAUGUACUGGAAAUGCACUUUUGAUCCUUUUAUGCCAGUGCUUCCUUUUCUGUCCAUUGCUGGCAAUGGAUUUAACUCCUGAGAAAUUGGAGUUAUAGCACCAAUAGAAAGAGUUCUAUGGGAUUUGUUUGUUUUUGGUUUUUUUGAAGAAGGUAUAAUUAAAAAUAUUUGCACUUUUCAAGUUUUAGUCCAAAAACGAUGCCAGAGUGAACAAAUUCAACCUGAAAAUGAGUUUGUUUAAACUCAAGCUUUGCCAAGCAGUGGUUGAAUAACAUACACGUUUUUAUGAUUACGCCUUGAUAAUAAACUGAUCUAAGCAGGGAAACUGAUUUGAGCUCUCUUAUUGGGCUUAUUUGUAACGAUUCUCAUCACUUUAAAUGAAAGUUAAAAAUCAGUGUGCUUUGGGAAUAUGAUACAUCUGUUGGGACUGUUUGGACAACUGCUCUCUCUCUAGGAUCAUUAGUAGCUAAGGAAAUGUUUCUGCCUUAUUGGUCUGGUCUGCUUAAGGAUUGCAAGGCAUAUCGUGUGCUUUUUUCCUGUGUUGAAUCUCUGCAGUGCUUGAAUAGAAUACGGGUAGAUUGAAUAGAGUUUAGGUAGCUUGUCAUUCCUAGUGUUAGUGGUCCUUAUCAGUGAGUUGUAUUAGGAGAGAAUGAGGGUCCCAUGUUGAUGGGCAUAUUUGACACACCUGCUGGUUUCUUUUCAUACAGUCUCUAAACUAGUGCUGUCUGCCUGUAAUGAUCUAUUCCUCAUCUUGAAAAAGAAAGCUUCAGAGAUUAAACUAAUAACUGAGUAUAAUGAUUUUUGCCAGUGAAGCUGCAUUUAAGAGCUUUUUAUUAUGCCCUUUUAAUGCAGAUGCUCAGGGCAUCUUUUCUGUCAAAUAUUGCUACCCACAAUACUUACCUUUAUGCCCGCUCUGAGAAAUGGACUGCAGUGUUAGUAGUUAAAGACAAACUAUCCAGAAAUUGUUUUAAACCCUUAAAUUUGCUUUGUUUUCUGGGUUUGUCAUUUUUUUAAAGUCAUAUCCCUUCUGCUUCUUGUUUCUAAGAUCUGUGAAAUAACACAUAUGUCAAACUUUAGCUUGGAGCAAAUGCCAGUUGUGUCUUAACAGCCUGAAACUAAUAGUUUACCCUUGAAAUACUGACAAGAUACAAUCCUGAUCAUAACAACACUGAGUUUAAAAGCCUUUCUGUGUAAGGAAUGUGUUAGAACUCCCAGAAAUGUUCUGAAAGUAAAGGGCACUUUGAAAUACCUUUGCAAUUUUCCAUUCCUCGUUGCAUAGACUUACUCUCUUUUGGUUUGGAUUUAGUUUGUUUCAUAUAAUAAAAUACCACAGUCCUGACUGAUAAUUUUUUUUCAAGUGUGCCUGUGGACCUGUCAGUAGUUAAGCAAAUUGAGGUUUUGGAACAUCAUGUGAGAAGUAAACAUAAUCAGUAAAAGUUUGUAUUUUUUUUUUUUCCAAAAGGAAUAGACAAUUUUUUUGCAAAUAGGUUUUGACAUAACAGAUGGGGGAAUUCAGGACUGGUGUCUUUAUUUUGGGUGAUACUCAUCUUGAGAAGUGAAAAGUCACCUGCGGUAAAGUCUGUUUUUUGUUGUUGUUGUUUUUGUUUGUAUGCUGUUUGUCAGAAGUAAAGUUUUCCAAGACUCAUGUGAAAUGAAAUCACAAGUAGCUUCAGCAUGGAUGAAGCUCAGAUGCCUAUGUAUAAAAAAACUGCACUGACUCUUCUCUGCACAUUAAUUCUUUUAACUUUCUUCUGUGAUGCUGAUAAUAGAAAUUAUAAAAUUACUUUACUGGAGGCAGUUGUUGGAUUGUAUUCAGGUACUUUAUACCAUUGUCAAAGUUGUUGACUUUUCCCAGUUAGUCUUAUUUAAAAAAAAACUUUCCCCGCCAACAUGGAGUCUAAUUUAAACGAGGGAAGUUAAAAAUACGAACUAUUUUAUACACAUACACUCACAAUUUAAAGUUCACUUAAGAUAAAGGAAGAAACUGUCAAAAAGCUACAAAAGAUAAAGAUGGGAAAAACUGUUUACAAAGUUAAUUAUGUUUUAAAAUUUUCCAGAAAAUAUUACUAAACUGAGAUUACAACAGGGAAUCUUGUCUUUGUAUACUGGUGUUCUGUUUUUAACACCUGAAAAAUAAAGCUGAAAGCAUAUGCCAGCACUUUAUCUUAAAUAUUCCUUAAAGUUUUAUCAUGGUAACUGAUGUUUACAUUUGUACUACUUUUGGAGCUAACUUAUCUUUAAAUUUGAAUAAAUGAAAUUUUGUCCUUUCCAAGGAUAAGGAUUAAAGACUUUAUUUGUACUUUAUGUAAAUUCAAAAUAUACCUUGAAUCUGAUUUUUGUUUGGAUCAUUGUUUGAUUUUAUUUAAAGAUUACUCUGCAUGCAUAACUUCAAUUGAAUGUAAAUAUAUACAUUAUAGACAAUGUUAGCCCAUCUUGCUUCCUGCCAUAUUACUGGGGAUUGCCAACUGUAAAUGGGUGAUGAGUAACAUCUUAAGAUUACUGAAGUCAUAUUUCUAUGCAGUUCUUGACCUUUUUAUACAAAAAAAAAAAAAAAUAAAGUUUGUCUUUUUCAAUGUU